ACAAUACAGGCGGAGUCUGCGGGAUACCCGCUCUAGUGUGUCUCCAUCGGCCUGGGUGUGGUUUUCAAACUCAGUUCCGUUAGCAGGAAAUCAAGCUCUAGGCUAGCGUUGCCCCUUCAGCGUGAGACAAAGCAUAGCAAAAAUCGUAAUUUUGGACUACACUGGUCUGGGGAGGGUUUAGAUUCCCACUUAAGGGUGGUGAUAGUUUACUUUUUCUUCUAAUAAUCCGAUGGGAAAAAGUUUCCAUUUUUGUUAACUCCAUUGUAGGCCUAUUUCAAAGUUGGUGACAGUGAGCAGGAACAGUAAAGACUGACAAAAUGCCGAAAACGAUCAACGUGCGCGUGACCACGAUGGACGCGGAGCUGGAGUUCUCCAUUCAGCCCAACACCACAGGCAAACAGCUCUUUGACCAGGUGGUCAAGACCAUUGGUCUGCGGGAGGUGUGGUUCUUCGGGCUGCAGUACCAGGACACCAAGGGCUUCUCCACCUGGCUCAAGCUCAACAAGAAGGUCACAGCUCAGGAUGUGCGCAAGGAGAGCCCGCUGCUCUUCAAGUUCCGGGCAAAGUUCUAUCCCGAGGACGUCUCAGAAGAGCUCAUCCAGGAAGCCACCCAAAGACUCUUCUUCUUGCAGGUGAAAGAGGCGAUCUUGAACGAUGACAUCUACUGUCCACCAGAGACGGCGGUGCUGCUGGCCUCCUACGCCGUGCAGGCCAAAUACGCCGACUACAACAAAGACUCGCACAACCCAGGAUACCUGUCUGGAGACAAACUGCUCCCACAGAGGGUUCUGGAGCAACACAAACUGAAUAAAGAGCAGUGGGAGGAGAGGAUCCAGGUCUGGCAUGAGGAGCACAAAGGCAUGCUCAGGGAAGACGCCAUGAUGGAGUACCUGAAGAUCGCGCAGGAUCUGGAGAUGUACGGCGUCAACUACUUCAACAUCAAGAACAAGAAGGGCUCGGAGCUGUGGCUGGGGGUGGACGCCCUGGGCCUGAACAUUUACGAGCAGAAUGACAAGAUGACGCCCAAAAUCGGAUUCCCGUGGAGUGAGAUCAGGAACAUUUCCUUCAACGACAAGAAGUUUGUCAUCAAACCCAUCGACAAGAAAGCGCCGGACUUUGUUUUCUAUGCGCCGCGUCUGCGCAUCAACAAGCGCAUCCUGGCACUGUGCAUGGGCAACCACGAGCUGUACAUGCGGCGCCGCAAGCCCGACACCAUCGAGGUGCAGCAGAUGAAGGCCCAGGCCCGCGAGGAGAAGAACCACAAGAAGAUGGAGAGGGCAUUACUGGAGAACGAGAAGAAGAAGAGAGAGCAGGCGGAGAAGGAGAAGGAGAAGAUUGAGAAGGAGAAGGAGGAGCUGAUGGAGAGGCUCAAGCAGAUCGAGGAGCAGACCAAGAAAGCCCAGCAAGAGCUGGAGGAGCAGACGAAGCGUGCUCUGGAGCUGGAGCAGGAGCGCAAGAGGGCCCAGGAGGAGGCCGAGAGGCUGGAGAAGGACAAGAGGGCUGCGGAGGAGGCCCGCACCACACUCCUGCAGCAGGCCGAGAACCAGAUGAAGAACCAGGAACACCUAGCAACAGAGCUGGCUGAGCUCACCUCUAAGAUCUCACUGCUGGAGGAUGCCAAGAAGAAGAAGGAGGAUGAGGCCACGGAAUGGCAACAGAAGGCGAGCAUGGUGCAGGAGGACCUGGAGAAGACCAAAGAGGAGCUGCGUAACAAGGUGAUGACAGUCCAGGAGCCGGUUCACCCGGAGAACGAGCACGACGACGAGAAUGACGAGGAGAACGCCGAGGCCAGCGCCGAGUUCACCAACGCCGCCGCCUACCACGACCGUAGUGAGGAGGAACGCAUGACCGAGGCCGAGAAGAACGAGCGCGUGCAGAAACACCUCCAGGCACUGAGCUCAGAGCUGGCCAACGCACGCGACGAAACCAAGAAGACUGCCAACGACAUUCUCCAUGCGGAGAAUGUGCGGGCGGGCCGUGACAAGUACAAGACGCUGAGGCAGAUCCGCUCGGGCAACACCAAGCAGCGCAUUGACGAGUUCGAGUGCAUGUGAUGGCCUCCACCGGCCCACAGGGGGCGCAGUUGAUCACUGUUACUCACCCCUGAAACACACACACACACACACACACACACACACACACACACACACACACACACACACACACACACACACACACACACACACACACACACACACACACACACGUGCGGACUGCAAUUUCACCGUCUCAACUCUUUGUCAGCUCCCUUUUAAUGUUUAGGACUGCGUGUUAAAAAGCUAAAUAAAAGCGCAACACGUACAAAGAUCAUGCCAAGAGAGAAUAACAAAGAAAAGGAGAGAGAGAGAAAAGUGAUCCGUGUAUCCAGAAGAAGUGAAUGUGAUCUGAUUUUUGAAAAAAUAUAUAUAUUUUGAGCACUGCUUUUAUGAGAAGGGAGACAACUUUUGCUUGCUAUUUUUAUUCUCUAGUGUUUUUAUUUUUUUCCAUUAUUGUUGUAUUCUUGCGAACGGUUCGGACGUUACCUGCAGGGGAAGGGAAUAAGAAUAGUUUCUUUUUUAGUGUGGAUACCUUUGCAAGAGGGAAUUGCGAUUGACGUUGCAAACCUAAUUAUUGUUUUAUCUCCUGCCCUGUUCGGUCGAUUUGCUUGGGAACAUACAGUACAUUCCAUUUACAGGGUUGGGAAAACUAAAUACACACCAGCAGAUGACUAGUUUCAAUCCAAAUUUAUAACAAAACAUAUUGUGUGUGCCAGAUUGUUGUAGAAUAUGCAGACAUGUGUGCUGUGUCACAGAAUUAAUUUUCUGACAGUUUUGGUCUGUAACUUGCACACAGACUUUGCACUCUAUUGAACAUCUGAACACCACUGUGUCACCUGAUUCAAUGCAACACUUUGUCAUCUGCGCACAGGUCUUCCUCAAUGUAAGGCUUCUGGAUCCCAUACAGGAGCACAAAGCAAUCAUCAUGAAACUGUACUUUCAUUAAAUUCAUUCUUCUAGUUGUAAUGUAUUUUGCUUUCAAAGGUGAAGAUGAAGUUUGUGUCGUGUUAUACUUCUUUUUUUUCCUCAAAAACCCCAGCAGUGUUAUUAUGAUGUAAGAUUCACGUUGACACUAGGCUCGAUCAUGAAUCUACUGCAACAUUCUCUACCUAUAGUUUUAUUUUGGUCGAUAUUUCUCAUUCCACGUUUGCCGUGGCAUUUUGCCUAGCUCAGUACUGGUAAAAAAAGAAAAGUACCAAAAGUAGUUUUAUCUUUUUUUUUUAAUGUUGCCAAUUAUAUUUGAAGAGUGGCCUUUUGCCACAUUCGAUUAAAUUUGUUUUGAAAGGGCCUGUGUUAUCUCGAUUUCAUUUCCUGUGGCAUCUCAUGGCAUGGCUGUGUGGGCGCCCAGGGGGUGGAAAAUGCUUGACUGUACAGGUAAGAUCCUACUACAGCACAGUAUUAGCUUCAUUUUGGAAAUUAACAAAAAAACAAACAAAAAAAAGAGACGGGUGGAUGCAGACUUUUCUGUGUUCCCCACCAGACAGUGCCUUGUCCUCUGCCAAACAUGAAGGGGGAGGGCUGCUUUCAACUCUCAAUAAAAAUAAAAUCCUGUUCCAAAACAA